AUGAAGCUGUCUAUUCUGCUCUCAGUACUGCCGCUGCAGGCGGCCGGGUUGGUCAUGCCCUUCGCGAAGCGCGCCGAGCCUGCGCCUCUGCUCCUUGCGCGCGGCGACACAGCGCUCCCCAAUAAGUACAUCAUCAAGCUGAAGAGCAGCGAAGGCGGCGCCUCCAACGCGGCCGACGUGCCGGCGUCUGUGGGCGUCGAGCCCAAGCACCUAUACGACAGGUUGAUCAAGGGCUUCAGCGCGACGCUCAACGCCGAGGAGUUGGCCGCACUGCGCGACCACCCAGAGGUCGAGUUCAUCGAGCAGGACAGCGAGGUCAAGAUUUCCGAGUUUGUGACGCAACCCAACGCCACCUGGGGCAUAUCGCGCAUGUCGCACCGCAAGCCUCAUGCCACCGAUUACGUCUAUGAUUCGAGCGCAGGUGAGGGCACCUGCGCCUUCAUUCUCGAUACUGGCAUCAACCCGGAUCUUGCGGAAUUCGAGGGCCGCGCCAAGAUGCUCAAGUCCUAUGUAGACGGUGAGCCCACCGACGGCCACGGCCACGGGACGCACGUCGCCGGAACCAUCGGCAGCAAGACGUUUGGCCUUGCCAAGAAGACCAAGCUCUACGGAGUCAAGGUCCUCAACAACGCGGGCACGGGGCCCUGGUCCGACGUCAUCGCCGGUCUGGAGCUCGUCGGGCGGUAUAUAAACUGCACCAAGUGCCCCAAGGGCGUCGUCGUCAACAUGAGCCUCGCCGGGAAGAAGAUCGAUACCGUGAACCAGGCCGCCAAGUCGCUGGUCGAGGCGGGUGCCUUCCUCGGGGUCGCUGCCGGCAACUUCGGCGACGACGCCGCCAACUGGUCUCCCGCGUCGGAGCCGAGCGUGUGCACCGUGGCUGCGUCGACGGCGGACGACACGAUGCCAUACUGGAGCAAUUUCGGCGAGCUCGUCGAUGUCUUUGCUCCUGGUGCGAGCAUCAACUCGACGUGGUUCGAUGGAACGACUCACCUCUCGUCCGGCACCUCCAUGGCCAGCCCGCACGUCGUGGGCCUGGCUGCCUAUCUCGGCGCGCUCGAGGGCAUCAAGGGCGGCGCCAUCUGCGACCGCAUCAAGGAGCUCGCCACCAAGGAUGUCAUCACCGAGCUGUUGAGCCCGAACACGCCGAACCUACUGGCGUUUAACGGCAACCCGUCUGGCUAG